CCUUUGCGCUCUUGGACCGUCAUCGCCACCAUCUCGCGCGAGCAAACGGAGCAAAAGUGCGGAGCCGGCCAAAGAAAAGGAAAAACGCGAUUUUUGCUGUUCCCGAGAAAAAACGCUUCUGUGAAUCGAUUCGCGGCCAAAAGUGCGUGAAAAUCGUCGAGAAAAGCGCCCCUGCCCUCCGGUGUUUGUGCACGUCCACACUCAGGAGCCGACAUUCCGCCACGCACGAUCCACCAGGGAUUUUUUUCGUGCGGAAAAGAGUGUGCUUUUUUUCUUCGUCGUGGUUGUGUGGAUCCGUCUGGAAGCCGAGUGUCGAGGACCAUCAGCGCAAAAAAGAGUGGCCCUCUCGAAAAGGAAGGAGGAACCAAAAAAACACGACAAAGCUGGAAAUUGUCGUCCGCCGCGCUGUGCGUGUGUGGAAAUUCGCGUGAAGAAGAUCUAAAGGGGCUUUGUUCCGCCGAACCCGGAUUUGUGCGUUAAUUCCGUCGUCGUCGUCGUGGUUCCGGAAGCAUAAAUCAUGCAAAUUGUGCAGAUUCUAGAAAAGACCGUUUCGCCAGACAAAGAUGAGCUGCUGGUGGCGAAAAACUUCCUCGAGCAGGCCGCGGCCACCAACCUGCCCGGCUUCAUCCGCGCCCUGUCGGAUGUGCUCGCCUUUGCGGGGAACUCGCCGGUGGCGCGGAUGGCCGCCGGUCUGCAGCUAAAGAACCAACUGACCAGCAAGGACCCCACCAUCAAGUACCAGUACCAGGAGCGAUGGCUCACCUUCCCCGAGGACAUGCGGGAGUACGUCAAGAAGAACAUCGUCGGUUCGCUGGGAACGGAAUCGUCACGACCGUCGUCGGCGGCGCAGUGCGUUGCGUACGUGGCCGUGGCCGAGCUGCCCGUGGGACAGUGGCCAAAUCUGAUGCAGAAGCUGGUGGACAAUGUGGUCAACGAGAAGUCCACCGAAAUGGAGCGGGAAUCGACGCUGGAAGCGAUCGGUUACAUUUGCCAGGACAUCAACUCGGAGAUCCUCGAGCACCAGUCGAACCAGAUUCUGACGGCGAUUAUUCACGGGAUGCGCAAGUCGGAACCGUCCAAUCACGUCCGGCUGGCGGCCACCAACGCGUUGCUCAAUUCGUUGGAGUUCACCAAGGCGAACUUUGAGGAGACGGCCGAACGGAACUAUAUCAUGGAGGUGGUCUGCGAGGCAACGCAGUCAACGGACACCCAAAUCUGCGUGGCAGCGCUGCAGUGUCUGGUGAAGAUCUUGACGCUGUACUACCAGCACAUGGAGGCGUACAUGGCUCAGGCACUGUUCCCGAUCACGCUCGAGGCGAUGAAGUCCGACAACGAACAGAUCUCCCUGCAGGGCAUCGAGUUCUGGUCCAACGUCAGCGACGAGGAAAUCGACCUUGCGAUCGAAGCGCAAGAAGCGGCCGAAGCCGGUCGACCUCCGAAUCGCGUGUCACGUCACUACGCCCGCGGUGCCCUCCAGUUCCUGGCGCCGGUCCUGAUGGAGAAGCUGACGCGCCAGGAAGAGUUUGACGACGAAGACGAUUGGAACCCGUCCAAAUCGGCCGGCGUCUGUCUGAUGUUGCUUGCCACCUGCUGCGAGGAUGAAAUCGUUCCGCAUGUGCUGCCCUUCGUCAACAACAACAUCAAGUCGACCAACUGGCGCUACCGGGACGCCGCCCUGAUGGUGUUCGGAUCGAUCCUGAGCGGACUGGAGGCGAACACGCUGAAGCCGCUGGUCGAGCAGGCGAUGCCCACGCUGAUUGAGCUGAUGUACGACCAGAGCGUCAUCGUGCGGGAUACGUGCGCGUGGACCUUUGGCCGAAUUUGUGAGGUCAUUCCGGAAGCAGCCAUCAACGAGCAAUAUCUGGAGCCGCUGCUAAAAGCCCUGUUGAACGGCCUGAAGGCGGAACCGCGCGUCGCCACCAACGUCUGCUGGGCCUUCUCGGGCCUGUCGGAAGCGGCAUACGAUGCGGCCAACGUGGACGACGAUCCGCCCCAGACGUACUGUCUGUCGCAGUACUUUGACUUUAUCAUCAGCAACCUGCUCGAGACGACCGAUCGGCCGGACGGAGCGCAGGCCAACCUGCGUUCGUCGGCGUACGAGGCGCUUAUGGAGAUGAUCAAGAACUCUCCCCAGGAUUGUUACAUCUCCGUGCAGAAGACCACGAUGGUCAUCCUGGAGCGGUUGAACCAGGUGCUGCAGAUGGAGUCGCACAUUUCCACGCACACCGACCGGCAUCAGUUCAACGAUCUGCAGUCGCUGCUGUGCGCCACGCUGCAGUCGGUCCUGCGCAAGGUUGACGCAAAGGACGCGCCGCAGAUUUCGGACGCCAUCAUGACGGCGCUGUUGACCAUGUUCAAUUCCAGCUCCGGCAAGGUGGGUGGAGUCCAGGAGGAUGCUCUGAUGGCGGUGUCGACGCUGGUUGAUCUGCUGGGCGAAGGCUUCAUCAAGUACAUGGACGCGUUCAAGGAUUAUCUGUACGUCGGCCUGAAGAACCACCAGGAGUACCAGGUGUGCUGUACGGCGGUCGGCCUCGCCGGCGACAUCUGCCGUGGCCUCAAGAACAAGAUCCUCCCGUACUGCGACGAAAUCAUGACGUUACUGCUGGAAAACCUGAGCAAUCCGUCGAUCCACCGCAGCGUCAAACCCCAAAUCCUGUCCGUCUUUGGCGACAUGGCACUCAGCAUCGGCCCCGACUUCAAGAAGUACCUAACCGUGGUGUUGCAGAUGUUGACGCAUGCUACCCAGGUGCAGGUCGACCCCAGUGAUUACGACAUGAUCGACUACCUGAACGAACUGCGCGAGAGCGUCCUCGAGGCGUACACCGGCAUCGUCCAGGGUCUCAAGGGCGUCGACAAAAUGCCCAGCGAAGACGUCGCCCUGCUGCAGCCGCACGUUCCCUUCAUCAUCAGCUACAUCGUGUCGAUCGCCAAGGACAGCGAACUGUCCGACGGUAACAUCGCGAUCGCCGCCGGCCUCAUCGGGGACAUGUGCUCCGCCUUCGGGCCCGCCCUGCUCCAGCUCGUCGAAGACCCGCAGAUCCAGCAGCUGCUGAACGAGGGCAAAAACUCCCGCACCGGACGCACCAAAACGCUGGCCAACUGGGCGCUCAAGGAGAUCAAAAAGCUCAAGCAGCCGGCGAAUGACGCGAGUUGAUUUAAUCCAGCAUCAACGGCAACACGCUCAACUACACGACCGCCAACGGCACCAACCCAGCCGCCAACGCCGCCACCAGCACCGUUCCAGCAAUGUAAUUCCGCAAAUUUAAUGUCGUCGGCGCCGCCACGGGAGGACGAGGAACCGUUCAACUGCAAUCGCAAUCUCUGCUUCGACCUGUCGGUGCGGAUUUAGUGUUCCGGAAGUUUGGUUCGAGGGUGCGCGCCCGCGGUAAGUAACAUCAUCAAUUUUUCGAGGUUUGCGGGACAAACAAUUGGCAUGAACAGCAGGGACGUGCGUGCGUGCGCGUGCGCGUGUAGUGGUUAUUCGUAAUUUAUUACUGUGUAAACUAAUUAAAUUAAAUCAAUUAUAUCUACGAAAGUAUAAGGCAAACACAAACACACACAAUUCCCAAAAAAAAUAAGUAUCUUCUCUAAAACAGAUCAAAUCAAGCUGAAAAUAGACAAAAACAAACCACUCACACAAACACAAUUGAAAAAGUCGUAGUCUUGUCCGCGAAGCGUGUGCCAUAGUGAAAUGAAAAAGUUGAAGGGGAGAGAGAGGAAGCGGGAAAAAGCUGGGGUUAAAAUUGUAUAAACAUUUUAAACUUUCACCGUGGCACCGUCGCGGUUUUGCCCUACUGUUACAAAAUCAACCAUUUAGAGCAGCAAAAGCAAAAAGUUACAACACUUACACUGAGAAAAAUCUACACCACACAAAUAUGAUGAUGAUGAUGCGCAUAAGAUUAAAUCUGACAGCAAACAGCUAA